CUGUGUUGCGUGGGGGGAAUCUCCCUGGGUUUGAGGACAGAUGCGUCAGGUUGCUUCUUGUUCUCUGGAUCACGAAGCUGCAAGAGGUGGCUCAGAGGCGCAAAGCAAAAGAGGCAGAGAUCAUAGACUCAGACCUUGGAAACCUCAUCCAAAAACACAGCAGUCACAGAGGACCAUGGCAUUUGCAGGGAUGCUGAGCGAGGAGGACAUCAGGGCUGCGGUCCAGGCUUGUCAAGCUCCAGGCACGUUCAACUUCAAGUCGUUCUUUGCACAAGUGGGACUCGCCGGCUCAUCUGAGGCAGAUGGAAAGAAAGUGUUUACGGUCCUGGACCAAGACAUGAGCGGAUACAUUGAGGAAGAGGAGCUCAAACUGUUCCUUCAGAAUUUCUCUCCGGGGGCAAGGGAGCUGUCUGUGGCGGAGACAAAGACCCUCAUGGCUGCAGGAGAUAAGGACGACGAUGGCAAGAUUGGGAUGGAAGAGUUCUGUGACCUCCUGAAGUAAAGAGAAUGAACACACGUGACAACUGAGGACUUUCCCUGUUUUCAACAAUGGAUUUUUUUUUUUUUAAAUGGAAAAUCCUGACUUUCCAGAUGGUUUGUGGCGAAGAACCUCAGAUAUUCUGUCCCUGCCUGCUGCUCUCCUCGUUGAUGUGUGUGUAUAAGAUGUUUGGUGGACAGACGGCGAAAGCUGGAUAUUAAUUGUGUGUGUGUUUGGUGAAUCAGGUACCUGGAAUGGAUUAAUAAAUGUAUUUAUUAGAUGUGAAA